AUGGCAAGUUUCAUCAAGAAAAUAGUUGAUCGUGCUAAAUCUCCACCAAAAUCACCAAAAAAAUAUCAAAGAAAUGAUUGUGAGCUAUGGAAACAAAUGAAACAACGGCAACAAUCUUCUUAUUACGGAACACCUGCCGGAAUAGCUGAUUAUUUCAUGCAUCCGAAAUAUGAAUCGCAAUUACAGAAUCAUGAAGGUCAUGAAUGGAAUGUAUAUCCAGUUGAUAUAAAUCCUCACUCUACCGCAAUUCAUCAAUCUGAUGAUAUCACUCAUCCAAACAGCAAAUUAAGUGUUUCAAAACGAUCAAGUCCGAUUCAUCAACAUGUAAGUUCUGAAUACUUCGUAUUCGCAUCAUCUUAUCGUUUUGAUAAUAUACAGGAAAAUCAUGAAUGGGAUGCAUAUCCAAUUGAUAUAAGUCCUCGUUCUACCACAACUCAUCAAUCUGAUGAUAUCACCCAUCCUAACAACAAAUUUAGUGUUCCAAAACGAUCAAGUCCAAUUCAUCAACAUGUAAGUUCUGAAUACUUCGUAUUCGCAUCAUCUUAUCAUUUUAAUAAUAUACAGGAAGAUCAUGAAUGGGAUGCAUAUCCAAUUGAUAUAAGUCCUCGUUCUACCACAAGUCAUCAAUCUGAUGAUAUCACCCAUCCUAACAACAAAUUUAGUGUUCCAAAACGAUCAAGUCCAAUUCAUCAACAUAGUGAUACAGCGAAUAAACCUAACGAAACGCCGCCGAACUCAUUAUCCACUCGGGCAAAUAAUUGGGAAUAUCAUUACAAUGCAUUAGUUAAACGAAACGAUAUUAAUUCGAAAAAACAACAUAUCAGUCGACCGCGAUCAAGCAGUCCACCGAAAACAAUGCGAUCAUCGAUUAAUGAAGUCACCAAAAAAACUCGCUCAAAGUCACGAACUGAAAGAGUUCCAGAAAUCUCAGGAACUUUGGAUUAUUUAUCACCAAAAUGCCAAUUGGGAGGAUGUUCGGCAACACUUAUUGUUCAGGAUACAAAAUUUUUGGUCUGUAAACAUCAACUUUCUCAUGUCAGCGAUUAUUUUCGAGCCUUAUUUUCGGAUGACAAAUCAAUACCCACAUCGGGAGCUUGUCAUAAUUCAUGCAAUGAAUUCGCCGUUGUUGUUUCAUCAUUUAAACAUCCUCCACCAGCUAUGCAAUUUAAAUGGUUUUUGGAAAAUACCAUUCGGACAUCUACUUUUAGCGAUAUCACAGAUGAUACAUUGGAGACAUGUAUGAGGUUAUCAAAACGAUUUUGUGCUAAAUACUUGGAAGUGAAAUGUGCCCGAUAUAUUCAAGUUAAUGUAGCAAAAAAAACUCCAAUGGUAGCACUUUGUUGGUUAAAUUGGGUAUUAAAACAUAAAUUUGAUCAGAUCACACAAGAUGCUUGCCUUCCUUGUGUUGCUGCUGCUUCUGUACAGUGUUUGGAAGAACAUCGAAAUUUAAUUUCGGAACGAUUAUUAGCUGAUUUAUUGGCAGCUAAACUAAGAACAUUAUACGACCAGGCGGUAAGUGUCUUCCAAACAAUUCAUAACAUGGAUCAUUUCUAUGUUGAUGUUACUACAUGUCCAAGUUGUGGACGUCAACGAGAGCAAGGAAAAGUUCGCAUACAAGCCAGUCCAUGCAGGAAAAUGCUUGGUUGUGAACGAUGUUUACGAGAAUAUGAUUGUAAUUUUAGCGAUAAAGAUCAUAAAGAUGUUCAAGCAUGCUAUCAAUGUGAACAUGGUUUAGUAACAUUAAAUGAUCAAACAGCUGACUGUCAUUGUCAGAUUCCUCUAUUAGCUUCACAUUUGAAAGGCUUACAAUCUUAUUUUCUACCACUUGCAAGUCAUCACUGA